UGCUUUUUUGUGUGUGACACCGUUCACAGGAAGUGGGCAGUUUUUUCUUCGCUGUGUCCUUGUUAGCUAGCAAGCUAGUUAGCUGCCAUUAGAGACAAGCCAAUGUGUACCAUGUGGAAAGAUGAGUUAAACUGCGCCUAAAGAGUCCUCGGGAAAGACACUGACGUUCAGCUGUUGUAAAUAUCACCAUGUUACGUAUCGGGAGAAAAGCGACCUGCAUGGCCUGCAAGAGCCUGGUCUCAAACAAUAUGGGCAUAAGGUUCCGGGUCCCAUUGCAGAAGCUCCACCCUCUGUCCCGUGCCAUCCAUCACCGCUACUGUGGCAACACUAACCCUCAGCGAACUCCUCAUCGCACAGCAGCUCGGUACUUUACUUCAAUUUCUCGGUUGCCCAUGCGGCCUCCAAAGCCGAAUCCAGGGUCGGGCGGGCACAACUACCAACAACAGCGCAACUUUUGGGUGGCUCGCCUCGCAGCUCGGCUGUUAAGGCUCAGAUACAUUCUGCUCGGUUCAGCAGUGGGAGGAGGAUACACGGCCAAGAAGACAUACGAUGAAUGGAAAGACAUGCUACCCGACUUUAGUGAAUAUAACUGGGUUAUUCCUGAUUUUGUGUGGGAGCUAAGUGAACAAAUUGAUCUUGACAAACUGGCCAAAGCUCUCCCAGAAAUGGAAGAAAUUGCCAAACUUCUUCCAGAUCUCGAUAAAAUUGGAGAAAACUUCACCUUUCUAAAAAGCCUCCUCUCCUCUGGUUUGAGUUUGGGUAGUGAAGUCAAAGGAGCCUCUGGUGUGCAUCUUUUGUUAGAAACCUCAAGUGAUCCUGCUCUAAAAGCUACAGAUGCUUCCUCCUCAGCCUCCCACGAUGCUGGCGACAAGCAGUACAAAAAGCAGGGUCUGCUUGGCGAGCUCAUUCUAAUUCAGCAGCAGAUCCAGCGGCACGAGGAGGAGGUCCGACGGGCCGCCGCUACCAAUAGUGCGCGCCCCCCAUCACCAGAGUCAAGUCCCAGUGCGUCUCCGAGCCCAAGCCCCCCUCAACUGAAUCGCAAGUCAUCAGACAGAGAAAAGAUUGACCAGCUUCAAGAAGAGCUGCUGCGCACUCAGCUAAAGUAUCAGCGAAUGCUUGAGAGACUUGAGAAAGAAAACAAAGAGUUAAGGAAAGUGGUUCUUCAGAAAGACGAUAAAGGGAUUCACCAAAGGAAAUUGAAGAAGUCUCUCAUCGACCUGUAUUCAGAAGUCCUUGACAUCUUGUCUGACUAUGACGCCAACUACAACACUCAGGACCAUCUGCCUCGGGUGGUUGUGGUUGGAGAUCAGAGCGCUGGGAAGACCAGUGUGCUCGAGAUGAUCGCUCAGGCCAGGAUCUUCCCCAGAGGCUCUGGAGAAAUGAUGACACGCUCUCCUGUUAAGGUGACACUAAGCGAAGGCCCUCAUCACGUUGCCAUUUUCAAAGACAGUGGUCGAGAGUUUGACCUUACUAAAGAGGAGGAUCUGGCUGCCCUGAGGCACGAGAUUGAGCUGAGGAUGAGGAAGAGUGUGAAGGAGGGGCAGACUGUCAGCUCUGAGACAAUAUCCUUGAGUGUUAAGGGUCCGGGCAUCCAGAGGAUGGUGCUUGUUGACUUACCCGGUGUCAUUAGUACGGUGACGACAGGCAUGGCAUCAGAUACUAAAGACACCAUCUUUAGCAUCAGCAAGGCCUACAUGCAAAACCCCAAUGCUAUCAUUCUCUGCAUUCAGGAUGGCAGUGUGGAUGCAGAGCGGAGCAUUGUGACCGACUUGGUGAGCCAAAUGGACCCUCAGGGUAGGAGGACCAUCUUUGUUCUAACCAAAGUGGACUUGGCUGAAAAGAACCUGGCCAGUCCGAGCAGAAUCCAACAAAUAGUGGAAGGCAAGCUGUUCCCCAUGAAAGCCCUGGGCUAUUUUGCGGUAGUGACUGGAAAAGGGAGCACUGGUGAAAGCAUAGAGUCAAUAAAAGACUAUGAAGAAUACUUCUUCCAGAAUUCCAGAUUAUUAAGGGAUGGCAUGUUGAAAGCUCAUCAAGUGACCACAAAGAACUUGAGCCUGGCUGUUUCUGAUUGCUUCUGGAAGAUGGUCAGAGAGUCUGUGGAGCAGCAAGCUGAUGUCUUCAAAGCAUCACGAUUCAACCUGGAGACGGAGUGGAAGAACAAUUAUCCUCGUCUGAGAGAACUCGACCGAAAUGAACUCUUUGAAAAGGCAAAAAACGAAAUCUUGGAUGAAGUUAUUAGCCUAAGUCAAGUCACCCCACAACACUGGGAAGCUAUUCUACAGAAGAAGCUGUGGGAACGUGUCUCCACUCAUGUCAUCGAGAACAUUUAUCUACCUGCUGCCCAAACAAUGGACUCUGGUACCUUUAACACCACUGUGGACAUAAAGCUCAAACAGUGGACUGACAAGCAGCUUCCACACAAAGCACUUGAGGUUGCCUGGGAGACCUUGCAGGAGGAAUUUGCCCGUUUCAUGGCUGAGUACAGAGGCAAAGACCAGGAUGACAUUUUUGACAAGUUGAAGGAGGCCGUGAAAGACGAGGGCAUCAAGAGGCAUAAAUGGAACGAAAGAGCCCUGGACAGCCUGAGGGUGAUCCAGCACAACGCUCUGGAAGACCGCUCCAUCACAGACAAGCCUCAGUGGGAUGCAGCCAUCCAGUUCAUGGAGGAAACUUUGCAGUCCCGCCUCAGAGACACUGAAUCUGUAAUCAAAGACAUGGUUGGUCCAGACUGGAAACAGAGGUGGUUAAACUGGAAGAACCGAACACCAGAUCAGCACAUCCGUAAUGAAACAAAAAAUGAACUGGAUCGCUUGUUGAAGCUGCACGAUGACCACACAGCAUACCUGGCGAAUGACGAAGUUACAACAGUCAGGAAGAACCUGGAGGGGCGAGGAGUCGAGGUGGACCCAGUGCUGAUCAAGGAUACGUGGCAUCAGCUGUAUCGACGACACUUUUUGCAAAAGGCUUUAAGCCACUGCAACCUCUGCAAGAGAGGUUUCUAUUACUACCAGAGACACUUUGUUGAUUCAGAGCUGGAGUGCAAUGAUGUGGUUCUGUUCUGGAGGAUCCAGAGGAUGCUGCUUAUUACAGCCAACACGCUCCGACAGCAGCUGACCAACACAGAGGUACGGCGGUUGGAGAAAAAUGUGAAGGAAGUCUUGGACGACUUUGGAGAAGACACGGAGAAAAAGACCCAACUCAUCACGGGCCGCAGAGUCCAGCUGGCUGAAGAUCUCAAGAAAGUUCGUGAGAUCCAGGAGAAACUUGAAGCUUUCAUCGAAGCACUUCACAAGGAGAAAUGACAGAUCCGUGGAGGAGGAAUGCACUGAACAAAGAAACACAUCUGUAAAUGACUGUCGCCGCCCCCCUGCCCUGCCCUGCCUCAGCCCUCACCUGCUUUUCCCACUUGGCUUCCCCUUCAUCGUUGGGCACUGAUGAAGUGAUGGACCGGAACUCAGACAUGAAGAGGAGGAGCAGCUUCCUGGCUUUCUCUCUUAUUCCCUUUUCCAGUGGGAUUUUUAAAUUGGGAAAGAGAUUGAAAAUUCAGGCAGUUUAGAUGCCCGCAAAGUGUUCUCAAGCAUCUGAGCUCCUGUUCACAAUAAAUGAUGAUGGUGUUCAUGUCGAUCUUUCUGCUGUUUUACUCUGAUGUCACCACACUAGUUUCUGCAUCUGUACUUUCCCGGUUUACCCAAUACUGAAGACAAACUUUUACCACACAAGAAGUUUGUGUUCUCCAUCCAGUCGGCAUGAACCCAUACAUUUUAAUGGGUUUUAUGACACUUUAAAAUCUGUUUUAUGUCCACAAAAGCUCUGGUUGUGAGGAGAAGCAGAGAAAAUGAUCCGCUCUGUUGUUUUUGGAAACAUUUUUUUUCAUCCAAUUCAGUUCUUAAAGGUUCUUCAUCUGCCAAAUAUUUCAAUUUCCUGUUGUUGUUCUGGUUUAUUAAACAAAAUGCAGCAAAUGUUUCAGAUGUUAAAUUUUGAAGCAAAUUUAGUUGCAGUUUUUAAAACUAAUUUAGGCAAAAAGUUUUAAGCGAGUUGAGAAGAAAGCUACUUUUACUAAAUUGUUUGGAGUUUGAAGCUGCAGUCAAAUCAGUGAUUGCAGUUGCUCCAGGGUAAAAAUGAUUUUCCUCCAAAAUGUUUCCAUACUUCCAAUUAGAAAUGUUUUCUUCACGUGUAUGUACCUUACACAGGCACCUUUCCUGCUUUCUUCUGUAGCUCAAACACAGGAAACCUUAAGAACAUGUCAGUAGUCUCAGAAGUCAAGAAAAUAUCCACAUUAGUUCUCCUCCGACUCCCAGCUGAGGUCUGAAGUUUUCACUCUCUCCCAAUUGUAACUGUCAUUGCUCCCUUUACUAUAAAUUCAUUUGAUUUGCCUGGAUAGAGGGAGGAGUGUCACCCCCCCGCUCAUUCAUAUCUGUAUAUUGGAAAUAAUUAUGUGCAUUUUGCAGAGAAACAAAUUGGGCCGGUAUGCAUAGAUGUACAGCAGAAGUACGCUGGUGGAUGCUCUGAAGGAAAAUGGGUUAAAAACUUGUCUUAUGUUGUAGAAAGUAUUGUGUGCAUGGUGUAGCCCUUCAGAUGUGCUUUAUUUAUUUAAUUUGUGUCCAAUUUAAAAUAAAAUUGACAUAUAUAAAA